ACGAUCACCGAUACCAGUCCACACAGGUCUUGCCUUUGAAAAACUGAAAUAACUUGAAAAUAUUAUAAAUCAACUGCUUCAAUCACAAGAUUUGUAACGUUGGUUCUCACGGGGGCCGAUUGCUUUAGGUUUUCUGGACGUCGAAGUCUUUAAUAGACUUCAAAUCAAAGRCCUUUUWCUUAAGGUUGAGGAGUGUUCUUUCCAACAUGGCRAGAUCAAAUGGCAACUCGAUCGUUAACACACGGCUGUUUCUAAUAUCAAUAGUCCUUGUUAUAGCCAUUGGAGGAAUGACAUUAUUUGUCUGUACAGCCGUGUUUUCAAGCUCAGAGAAAGACGUUUCUUUAUUCAAAAGAGCAGCUUUUUACAUUAAAGAUAAUGUACAGUCGACCAUCAAAUCUUCCGUGGCAGGUAUUAAGAAGACCUUCAUCAGAGAACAACGAUCUGAUUCUGAGGAAUUUCCUUGGAAAGACAUUCGGCUACCAAAACACAUUGUUCCAGUUACUUACAAACUUCACUUACAACCAGAUUUGAGCAAGACUUUUGACUUYUCUGGAAAAGUUUCAAUCGAUGUGCAAUGCGUAAAACCRACUAAAUAUGUUAUCCUUCACUUCAAAAAGUUGGACGUCAAAUCGUUCAAGCUYCAAGAUUCAAAGAAAAAAUACGCUAAUAUCUCAAGGAUUCUCAAGAACGAAAAACACGAGCAAAUUCUUAUGGAAUUGCAAGAUGAGCUAAAGAUGAGCAAGUAUUACACACUGAAGUUGGAGUUUACCGGGAAACUCUCCAACAAGAUGGCGGGCUUUUACAGGAGCUCAUACAAGACGAAGGAGGGAGAGACAAGGUACUUAGCAACUACUCAGUUCGAGUCRACUGACGCAAGAGCUGCUUUUCCAUGYUUUGACGAGCCAGAGUUCAAAGCCAUCUUCCAUAUAACCAUGAAACACAAAAAGAAUUUCCGCGCCAUUUCUAACAUGCCUAUCCAAGAGCGCAAAAAUGUUGAGRACGACUUUGUCGAAAGUAGUUUCAAACCUACAGUCAAGAUGAGUACAUACUUGGUCGCAUUUAUUGUCUCUGACUUUAAAAACACUGAAACCUUCACCAGGAAAGGAGUUAAGGUACGAGUUUGGGCGUCCGAAGACAAUGUCCCACACACUAGAUUUGCACUGACUGUGGCCGAAAACGUUUUGUCUUAUUACGAAGACUUCUUCAAAAUCAGUUAUCCACUGCCCAAGAUUGAUCUUGUAGCUGUACCCGACUUUGCUGCUGGCGCAAUGGAAAACUGGGGACUAAUGACUUUUAGAGAAACAUAUCUCCUUAGUAACCAAGCCUCGUCUAGCGCCGCUGACAAACAAGAUGURGCCAUUGUGGUGGCUCAUGAACUGGCUCAUCAGUGGUUUGGAAACUUAGUAACCAUGAAAUGGUGGAAYGAUUUGUGGCUWAACGARGGCUUUGCUAACUACGUUGAAUACAUCGGUACAGACCAUUAUGCUAAGCGAUGGAGAGUUCUUGACCAGUUUGUAACAGACACACAUCAAACAGCGUUACAAAUCGAUAGUAUGAAAAACACACAUCCCAUCUCGGUUCCUGUGACUAAYCCAAGUGAAAUCACAGAGAUCUUUGAUGUCAUCUCUUAUAAUAAGGGUUCUUCUGUCAUUCGUAUGUUGAAAGGUUUCUUGGGAGACAAAGCAUUCAAAAAAGGUUUGAAGCGUUACUUGAACAAACAUGAGUACGSGAACGCAGAAGCAGACGACUUGUGGCACGCACUUAGUACAGUGUCCAAUGGACUCAACGUCAAAGCUAUCAUGGACACGUGGAUCAAGCAAGAAGGAUAUCCAGUUGUUACCAUCAUGGAUUCAAAGAGAAUUGCGAGGUCACCAGGAAAGAGGAGAAAAUUCGUCCAACAAAACAGAUUCUUCAGAGAUGUCAAGCCUUCAGACAAAAACUAUCAAGACGAGAUUAAAGGGUAUAACUGGAUUGUACCUCUCACGUACGUAACCGCUGACAAUCCCAAGUCGUCCAACACUUUGUGGAUGAAUAAAAGCUCAGCUGCCAUCGAUAUUGCUACCGGAAGUAAAUGGAUCAAAGCCAACAUUGGUCAAAUGGGAUACUACCGAGUUAACUAUGACACAUUAAACUGGAAAAACCUGAUAAAACAAUUACARGACGACCAUAUGGUACUUUCAGCAACCGACAGAAGUGGUUUACUUGAUGAUUCGUUCAACUUAGCGAGAGCUGGAUACAUUGACUUGAAAUUAGCCCUCGAAUUCACGUCUUAUUUGGACAAAGAAAAGGACUACAUUCCUUGGUCGUCUGCUCUAAAGAAUCUGGGAUACAUUGGUUCUAUGUUCAGUAUGAAACCUGUUUACAGUGACUAUGAGAAAUACAUGAAUGCAAAACUAAAGCCUUUGGAGAGCUACGUUGGAUGGAAAAACGAAGGAGACGUCUUGAAAAUGUAUUUACGAAGCAACGUUCUAUCAAGUCUUGCYAGCCAUGGCGACAGAGAGGUAGUYGGUAUAUGCAGGAAAGGAUUUCACCAAAUGAUGAAAAAUGAAAGCUAUACCAUUGGUACUCACAUACGCGGCGUAGUCUACCAUACAGCAAUCAAAUAUGGAGGAGUCAAAGAAUGGGAAUAUCUAUGGAAAAAAUACAAGAAAUCCAUUGACCCUACAGAGAAAUCGCGUAUGCUGAACGCACUUAGUGGCACAAAAGAAAUUCCUCUACAACAAAGAUUCCUGGACAACACUUUGGAUGAGAAGAAAAUUCGCGCCCAGGACAUCACGAGCGCUCUUGCAGGAAUAGCCGCCCAUCCGUACGGGAGACUGAUAACAUGGGAUCACUUCAGAAGGAAUUUUGACAAAAUCAUUGACAGAGUUGGUAAGGAUCCCAUGGAAAUGGGUUAUAUGUUGACAGCUGUUACUAGAAACUUUAAUGACAAAUUCCAUUUGAAACAGGUUGAAGAUUUCGUCGAGGAACACAAAGAGCUUCUCGGUUCAUUGAGAGCAACUAAGAAAGUCGUUGAAGGCAUCAAAUCCAACAUUGCCUGGAUGGACGCCAACGAAACACCAGUCACCGAGUGGCUUGAAGAGAAAGUGAAGAAAAUCGAGAAAUCGAAGAAAGCCAAGGCAUAAUCAACGGUGUACAUUUACCAAUAGUAGCUUAUGACUGCAGAGCAGCUCUAAGCAAAGCCAACCGAUGUAUUACGUCAAAUGUUUUUAUUAUUGCUAUUUAUUGUGGCUUUCAAUUAAUAGUUCCUAAUUCGUAUCUCGCUCCUUCUUAGUCAACUAAAAUAAUUAAUAAAUAAAUAUWUAUUUGUUUAUUUUAGUCCACUAAAAUCAUUAAAUAGCGCAUUUGAUUUAGACGUCGCUUCAAAACUCAGUCUUCUCUCCGUCAAUGUGUUUUGCAUUAUGGUGGAUAACACAGACGACUUUUUCAUACGAAGUAUUAUAAGAAGUAGGAGAUCACGCAGAGUAUUGUUGCAAUGAACAUGUGAGAUGCGACGUAUAAAUCAAUUGCUGCACCAUUGCCGCAUGUAUUAUUAAGUUGUAUUUUUUUUCAACAUUAAAUCUAAUUGAUGUGAAAUGUAUUCGUCACAUGUGAAGGUCGGCGUAUAACCUGAGCCUAAGUAUGCUACUUUCUAAGGAUUUUGUCGACAUCGACUCAACAAUAUACUUCUACGUAUGUAUAAAUACAUCUAUUUUUAUACUUAGUUAUGCUUUAGACAUAGGGCACGUGWAUUCGCCCUGAAAUGGGCCAUGUAAAUGAUCAAUACGUCAUGUAUUAAGAUUAUCGAUUAAAACUUAUAUAUACCAAUA